AACGCGGGAGAUCCCGUCUGUGGCGUCUCGCCUGGCCCUUAACAGAGCAGUAGUUAGAACUGGUGGGCGACACAGGCCCUUUUACACAGCCUGAAGCCCGAAGCCCGACCUAGCCACACCCCGAGCGUAGUGAUGAUAUUUUUCCUCUCUUUGCAAUGAAUCAUCAUCAGCCCGCUUGGCUCCGGAUGCUGCCGCCGUUGCUUUGCCUUAAGUUUCAUACCGAGCAGGAGGAAGAUUUGCACUCUGAUGUCAAACUCUAGAGGCACCAGGAGCAGCACCACCACCAACAACAACAACAGGAGGCGACCAUGUCUGGGAUCGCUGCUAAAUUAGCAAAGGAAAGGGAGGUCGCCAGAGGCUUAGGCUCCAAUGCAAAGGCCGUGAAAUAUUUAAAUCAGGACUUUCAGGCGCUGAGGAACGAGUGCCUGGAGGCUGGGAAGCUCUUCCAAGACCCUUCUUUCCCCGCGGCCGCCUCUUCCCUGGGCUACAACGAACUGGGACCAAACUCCUACAAAACUAAAGGCAUCGUCUGGAAGAGACCGACGGAGUUGUGUUCCAAUCCUCAGUUUAUUGUUGGAGGCGCCACCCGGACUGACAUCUGCCAAGGAGCUUUAGGAGACUGUUGGCUCCUGGCAGCCAUUGCUUCUCUCACUUUGAAUGAAGAAAUUUUGGCUAGAGUUGUUCCCAGUGACCAAAGCUUCCAAGACAGACAUGCAGGAAUCUUCCACUUCCAGUUCUGGCAGUAUGGAGAGUGGGUGGAAGUUGUUGUUGAUGACAGGCUACCUACCAAAAAUGGAGAGCUCCUCUUUGUUCAUUCAGCAGAAGGGAGUGAGUUCUGGAGCGCUCUAUUGGAGAAGGCCUAUGCCAAGGUGAAUGGGUCGUAUGAGGCUCUCUCAGGAGGAAGCACCACCGAGGGCUUUGAAGACUUCACCGGUGGAAUUGCAGAGUGGUAUGAACUGCAAAAGGCACCACCAAACCUGUUCAAAAUCAUCCAGAAAGCUCUUCAAAAGGGUUCUCUCCUUGGAUGCUCUAUUGAUAUCACAAGUGCUGCUGAGACAGAGGCUGUCACCACCCAGAAGCUGGUCAAAGGGCAUGCAUACUCUGUAACAGGUGCAGAAGAGGUGAAUUUCCGAGGCAGCCUGCAGAAACUGAUCCGAAUCCGAAACCCAUGGGGGGAAGUAGAAUGGACUGGGAAAUGGAAUGAUAACUGUCCAAACUGGAAUAGCGUUGAUCCAAAAGUGAGAGAGAGACUCACCAGGAGACAUGAAGAUGGAGAAUUUUGGAUGUCAUUCAGUGAUUUCCUGAGGCAUUACUCCCGUCUUGAGAUCUGCAACUUGACUCCAGAUACACUGACCAGUGACAGAUACAAGAAGUGGAGACUAAAUUUGAUGGAUGGGAACUGGAGAAGAGGAUCCACCGCUGGUGGAUGCAGAAAUUACCCCGAUACAUUUUGGAUGAACCCGCAAUAUUUGAUUAAACUUGAGGAAGAAGAUGAAGAUCCUGAUGAUCCUGAAAGAGGUUGUACCUUCCUUGUUGGCCUCAUUCAGAAACAUCGACGGAAGCAACGGAAGAUGGGGGAGGAUAUGCACACCAUUGGCUUUGCCAUCUAUGAGGUACCUCCACAGUCUUCUGGCCAAACCAACGUUCACCUGAGCAAAAACUACUUUCUAACAAACCGAGCGAAGGAACGAUCAAACACAUUUAUCAAUCUCCGAGAGGUGUUAAAUCGGUUCAAGCUUCCCGCAGGAGAGUACAUUAUUGUACCGUCCACUUUUGAACCCAACAAGAGUGGGGAUUUCUGCCUCCGAGUCUUCUCUGAGAAGACUGCAGAUUCACAAGUUGUUGAUGAUGAAAUUGAAGCCAAUAUUGAAGAGAAAGAAGUCACAGAAGAUGAAAUUGAACCUAGUUUUAAGAAACUAUUUGGGCAAUUAGCUGGAGAGGAUGCUGAGAUCUCAGCCUUUGAACUGUGUAAUAUUCUGAAGAAAGUGAUGGCAAAACGUCAAGACAUUAAAUCAGAUGGCUUCAGCAUUGAAACAUGUAAAAUAAUGGUUGAUCUAUUAGAUACUGAUGGAAGUGGUAAACUGGGGCUGAAGGAGUUUCACAUACUUUGGACAAAGAUUCAGAAAUACCAGAAGAUUUAUCGUGAAAUGGAUGUCGAUCGCUCUGGAACCAUGAACUCUUAUGAGAUGCGGAAAGCCUUAGAACAAGCAGGUUUUAAGCUGGAUUGCCAGUUACAUCAAGUCAUUGUGGCUCGCUUUGCUGAUGAGCAGCUGAUAAUCGAUUUUGACAAUUUUGUUAGGUGCUUGAUUCGACUAGAAACCUUGUUCAAGCUAUUUAAGAAACUGGAUACUGAGAAAACAGGAACCAUACAGAUGAAUCUUGUCACUUGGGUGUGUUUUACUAUCAUAUGAAGAAGCCAUGAACCUCACUUGAAGAUUUCUCCAAGUAAAGUGAGCAUCAGUCUAAGACCAAUAUAGAACAUACCAAAAAAAGGCACUAUUACAUUUCCACACAGAUAUUGAAAAGGCCAAAUGAAUGCACACUGGAAGUUACCUGUGUAGCUUCUGUAUACAAGCUUUGACUUCAUAAUGUUAUUUUGUUUGCUUGAACUGCUUCUAAGUUUGCCAUAAAAAAGAAAACUUUUAAACGUAAGCUUUAAGAAACUGCCAUUUUUUUAGGGCAACACGGAACAAAUAUCAUUCAGCCUUCAAUUAUUACAGAUGAUAAAAACCUAAACAGCUUAAGAUGUAUCCUCAUGCUGAACACCAAAUAAGUUGCACCAUCUACUUCACUUAUAGCCCCGUCUACAGUGAUUAAAGGCCAUGGCUUGAGCUAACCUACUGGAUUAAAGUUAUGUUAAUAUUAAAUGUACCGCAUUUGCUUUAGGAUGGUAAUACUUCAUACCAUCCUUUAGUUUUUUAUUUUCUUCAAAUGAUUUUUGAGAUGUGGAAUGACAUUACUUAAGUAAAUGAAGGAACAAUAUUACUGGUUUAUCAACAAGACAUCUGCACAGUAAAAUAAAGAGGUCUGUACUUGAUCAUCAUGGAGUGAAGUUGCUGCCAAAUGGAUCCAUCUUAGCGGCUGCUCUGGUAUUAUGGCACUAGGGGAUCAUUAUUAUAAAAUGUACACAUAUGCAUACUGAAACUAAAUUAUGUAAUGUUAUGCCAUUCGCUUUUUUGCCAAUGACUUAAAAGAAGCUUGUAUUUCCAACUACAUGAGUUUUUUUAAUAGACAAUGAUAAAAGUAACAUUUAAACUGCUAAAAAUUGAAUAAAUUCCUUAGGAUUACACACUGUCAA